GCCUAGGUGACACAUACUUUACUCCAUUUGCAUAUAUAAUACAUAUCCAAUGCCGUCAAACCAUCGCUAAUUUUCUUUUUUCAUCGCCCUACUCCUCCCUCUGACGCUACCUUUCACGGGCUGACCGGAUUCAGGCGGAGAUAACAAUGAGGUGGCAGCUCUGGGGGUUCCUGACGGCGUUGCUAGCAAUCAACGGUCUCGCGAAUGAUGUAGAGCUAAAUCAAGAUGACAGCCGCCGGCAACAAUGCUCUGGUAUGUACGGUAAAAAGGCCUGGGGCGGUGACGUGGACCCCUUUAUCCAUGUGGCGCUGGAGAAAUUACCGCCAAAAGAACCAAGUCCGUUGAUGAGCUUAAUAAUCUUCGAGUGGAAGGAUGAGGGCUUGAUCGGUCGAUUCGCUCCAGGUGACAAGGAAAAGUUCCAAAAAGAGACCAUAUGCGACCGUCACAAUGUGGAAGCCGGACUAUGCGACGAACAGUCCUUGGGAGCGUUUAUCCUCGAACCCAAUGCUACUUCGCGCGCGGAGUCGGCGCUAAUCUCGAUGGCGGUGAAUUUAACGAGCGCGAAACCGAUAAAGUACCCCAUUAAGAAAACCGGAUUCUAUUGUGUUAGCACCUAUGCAUUUACAGGGGACGACUACAAGGGCAUUGUCACGUUUAGAAAUGCAUAUGGGGAACUCUCCGCUCCGCAGAUCCCGAAAUUGGCCUUUUAUGGCGGUUUAACAAUCCUCUACGCAGUGAUUGGAAUUUUCUGGGCAUUUUUAUAUGUUCAGCAUCGUCAUGAUAUUCUCCCGGUGCAGAAUUAUAUCACAGCCAUUCUUGUCUUCUUGGUAGUCGAGCAGCUUAUGACUUGGGGGUUCUACGAUUAUCAAAACAGACAUGGCAUGAAUGCGAUGGCAAAGGUGCUCAUGUUUAUUGUGGCGGUCCUGAACGCUGGGCGCAAUUCUUUCUCCUUUUUCUUACUGCUCAUUGUGUGCAUGGGUUAUGGUGUUGUUAAGCCAUCUCUCGGCCGUAAAAUGAUUUACGUCCGUUUCCUUGCCAUCGGUCAUUUCGUUUUCGGGGUUAUCUACGCCGUAGCCAGCCUCUCCAUUGCGCCAGAGAGCGCCGGCCCACUAGUGCUACUAGUAGUGUUGCCUCUUGCUGCCACGCUUACCGCAUUUUACGUAUGGACACUGAACUCCUUGAGUGCAACAAUGAAAGACUUAGUUGAGAGAAAACAAAGGGUGAAAGCCAUGAUGUACAAGAAACUCUGGUGGUGCAUCCUUGGCAGCAUUAUGGUUAUAUUCGGCUUCUUCUUUAUCAACUCCUUCCUGUUUGCAAGCAAAAGGGUGGUCGACUAUAUCCCCGAGCAUUGGAAGACAAGAUGGUUCGUCUUAGACGGAUGGCUCAAUAUUGUUUAUCUAUUUGACAUUGCAUUUAUCGCAUAUCUCUGGAGACCUACGAUGAACAAUAGGCGGUUCGCCAUGAGCGACGAGAUUGCACAAGACGACGACGGUUUUGAAAUUCGAUCUCUUACCAGCUCUCUGGAUGACGAAGAGCGCGUUGGUAGUAAUGCCAAUAACAGGCCCAUUGGUGGUGCGCAUGCGGAACAUUCCCCCGCGCCAGCUGCGGCAGAAUCCUUGUCCCAUCCCCAACAGGCUCGCCAUUCAAUUGAUGCCGACCAUUUCGCUGUCGGAGAAGAGGACAGAUGGUCCGACGACGAAUCACCCAGGAACUCAACCGAGAGAAAGGGCCUGAUGCAUAAGGAUGAUUAAUAUUCGAGUUCUCACCUGUAUCCAUAGUUGCUGUUUGUUUCACUACUUUGAUUCUUCGGCAGAAAGAAAAUGGCUUGCAGAAUAGCUUGGCGUUUACUCUUGAAUUAGGAUGUUACAUGUUACUAUCGCGACAUCUCCUGUGAUCUCAAUUCCCUUUUGAGCCUCCCAGGGCAUUACA